AUGGCAGAACAUGCUGCAAAGCAGGGAGUGAAUACGCCCCAAUAUAUGCCGACGCCGGCAACAUGGUAUGCAUGGUAUUUGGUGUGUGAAACUUUUCACCCCACGGGGAAAAAGGACUUGGCCAGCCUAUGCCUCGUCUCAAAGGCCAUGAAGAAUCUGGCAAGUCCUUUUCUAUAUCGAUCUAUCACAGUUGAGAUAUGUGGAGAUCAUCUCGUGGAAGACAGGAGGGGCCUCAUACAACGGCUAUUUCACAAAUCCAAUGAGUCACCACGGGGCCUUGUUCAAGAGAUUAUCGUCAAAUGUUAUGACGAGGGUGAUUUCGAGAAGGUCGGUUCCAGGACUUUAUCAAAACUCUUGAAACGUCUUGAGCAUCUACGACGAGUAAAGUUCGAGAUGCCCUGCGAUUUCAGAAGAUCGUAUGUGACAAGAAUUGAAGCGCAUCCCAACAAGCCCGAGUUACAGCUUCUCAAACAGGACAGUCUCAGUGUUUGUCCGCGCUCAAUCCCUGCCGUGACUGUCCUCAAUCUUGAAGAUGAGGUAUUCUGCCGCCUAUAUCAGGGAAGCUUUCUGAACCACCUUACUUCCUUUCCCAAUUUGACAUCCUGUGCUUGGGCACCUAAUUGCUUGCCUGACAAGCCCGAUGCCAAUAAAACAGCAUCUUCUUGCGCAAGCAGCAAGUUGGAUGCACAAUUUACUUUCCCUCCCAUUCAACACCUCGCCCUUGAUCGGUACUUUCUCGAUAGCGAGAUGUCGCCUGGGCUUCUGGAUCGUUUCCAGUGGCCAAAAGUCACGUCUCUCGAGCUUGGUUCAGACUGGGAAACUGCAUGUGCGAACCUACGGCUAUUGACAGGACGCAUGAUCAAUUUAAGACGACUCAAGAUCACCAGGAAUGGUCCGCAGAAAUAUGCAGAGCCAUGUGCAGCUCUCGAGGAGUUCUUGAAGUCCUUUGACACCUUAAUAGACCUGGAGCUCAUCGGGUGUUUCGUUCCAUUCGACGCGAUCGCCCGGCAUACUUGGUUGGUUAGUCUCAUAGUUCAUACACCUGAGGCAUGGAACGGCAACUAUCCCCGUAACAUGGCGGGAAAUAUGGACUUGAUCUCAUUGGAUGCAUGCUGUCCGCGCUUGGAACAUCUGAAGCUGGAUGCUGAGCGAAAUCCCGAAACCGGAGAAUGGCCCUGGGAAUUUAUAGACACACUCGCCAGCGGUUUCUCAACUAUGAGGACCUUGGUCCUUAAUUUCAUGCUUGGUAACGGCGGAGUCCCGAUACGGAGGGAACAUGACCCUGCUUUCCUUGAACCCUACUUAACAACCAAGGAGGCCACAGCGAUUGGAUGUCGAUUCUAUGCAAACCGGCAUCGAUUAUUCAAUCGAGAUCAAAAAAGCCUCAACAUCGGGAUGGGAAAUCUCCAAAGACUCACUUUGACCAACGCGAAUAAAAAUCCCCGGAUGCGUCCUAGGGCAACUUAUCACGCCAGAAGCUCCUGGUUAAACAUAUCAUUUCCCAAUACUUCGACCUUUGGCAUUGUUCCACCCAUCACAGUAGGUGAUAUGCCUGGAGUGAUUCACGUCGAAAGGCAAGAGGCAGAGAAACUCCAUUGGAUGCAUCCCCCGCGGGCGGGCCUCCUCACUUUGGAACACAUAAUCCGAUGUGGCGAGGAGGGGCCCUUGGACCUUAACCCAUACGGCCGAAGUAGGGGUAAGACUUGCAACCGUGCUCGAAGAUCAAGACCUAUACGCCAAUCUGCUAGGUUGGCCGCGAUGAGGGGAGAGUCCUAG